AGGCAAAACAACUACAACUAAAUCCCCAAGCCAUCACCAUCACCGCCGGCUCCAACACUCUCUCAUCAAUCACGAUUACAAUUUACAAAUGGCCAGGGACAGCUGCUUGGCUCGAGUCACCGCUGGCGUUGCCGUUGGAGGUGCUGUUGGCGGCGCAGUCGGUGCUGUUUAUGGGACUUAUGAGGCUAUUAGGAACAGGGUUCCUGGACUUUUGAAAGUAAGGUAUAUUGGGCAAACCACAGUUGGAAGUGCUGCAAUUUUUGGUCUCUUCCUGGGUGCUGGGAGCUUGAUUCAUUGCGGAAAGUCUUACUGACUUACCGUCCAUUUUGUAACCAUAAGAUUGAUUCUCAACUAGAGAGAUUUUGUAUUUAAAGCGAAAUAUUUUUUUGGUGGCAAAUCUCAAACCAUAUAAAAUCAAGCCUCUAUCAUGUCUGUUUAUGUUUGUGGUUGGGACUUCCACCAUCCAAAACUGCAUUGCGAACUAUUAUAGGCCUCAAGGCUGGCUUUAUAUUACAAAGUACUGAUCUAUUUCAUGAA